AUGUCCAACUGGGCGAUGGAGUUUGACCGAUGGGCACCAAGUGUGAAGAAGAUUCUCUACAAGGGUUCCCCUCAGGCGCGUCGUGUGUUGCAGGUCCAGUUGAGAGCCUCCAAAAUCAAUGUGCUCUUGACAACAUAUGAGUAUAUCAUCAAGGACAAAUCCGCACUCUCCAAGGUCAAAUGGAAGUACAUGAUCAUUGACGAGGGGCACCGCAUGAAAAACCACCAUUGCAAACUGACGCAAGUGUUAAACACCUACUACACUGCGCCAUAUCGACUGCUGUUGACUGGCACUCCGUUGCAAAACAAAUUACCCGAACUGUGGGCCUUGUUGAAUUUCUUACUGCCUACCAUUUUUGAAAGUGUGAAUACAUUCGAGCAGUGGUUCAAUGCACCGUUUGCCGCGACCGGAGAAAAGGUGGAACUAAACCAAGAAGAGACGCUUCUGAUCAUUCGACGUCUGCACAAGGUACUUCGCCCAUUCCUGUUGCGUCGCCUCAAGCGGGAAGUCGAGUCACAGUUACCUGAGAAAGUUGAAUAUGUGAUCAAAUGUGACAUGUCUGCUCUGCAGCGAGUUCUCUACUCUCACAUGCAGUCAAAAGGUGUCAUUUUGACCGACGGCUCUGAGAAGGACAAGAAGGGAAAAGGAGGCUGCCGUACUCUGAUGAACACCAUUAUGCAGUUGAGAAAGAUUUGCAACCACCCCUUCAUGUUCUCACACAUUGAGUUGGCCAUAGCGGAACAGAAUUUCCUCUCCCAACACGGAGGGAAUCCACCAUCAGGUGUUCCAAUGCCAACACAAGUGGAGGGCAAAAUGUUAUACCGAGCUUCGGGGAAAUUCGAACUGCUGGAUCGCAUUUUGCCCAAACUCAAGAUUUGCGGUCAUCGAGUACUCAUUUUCUGUCAAAUGACCAGUUUGAUGACGAUCAUGCAGGACUAUUUCGAUUACCGCAACUUCCGGUAUCUACGUCUAGACGGCACCACACGCUCGGAAGAUCGAGGGGAGUUGUUGGUCAAAUUCAACGACACCACGGAAGACAUCUUCAUUUUCCUGCUCUCCACUCGAGCUGGUGGUUUGGGGCUGAAUUUGCAAGCCGCCGAUACAGUCAUCAUAUUCGACUCCGACUGGAAUCCGCAUCAAGACUUGCAAGCACAAGAUCGUGCGCACCGUAUCGGUCAACAAAAUGAGGUUCGUGUGCUACGUUUGAUUUCCAUCAAUUCUGUGGAGGAAAAAAUUUUGGCCGCUGCCCGGUUCAAGCUGGACGUUGAUCAGAAGGUCAUACAGGCUGGAAUGUUUGAUCAGAAGUCGACUGGCAACGAGAGGCGCCAGUUCCUUCAGGCUCUGCUCGAACAGGAUGAGGAGGCGGACGAAGAGGAAGACGAAGCUCCAGACGAUGAGACAAUCAACCAGAUGCUAGCCCGAAACGAGGAGGAGUUCGAAAUUUUCCAGCGAAUGGACGUGGAACGGCAGUUCGCCGAGAGUCAGCAAGCGAAGCGUGAGGCACGACUUUUGGAGUAUGCGGAGCUCCCGAACUGGAUUAUCCGAGAUGAAAUUGAGGCACGUGGUUACUUGAUAUCGUAUGACAAUAUUAACUGUGACCCUAUCUGUAUAUCGGUUUUGCCUUCCUAUUCAACAUUACCUUUCGCCCCUAAUAAUUCCUACAGCGUCCCAUCACUCAAUUACCACCUCGGUUAA